UUAAUCCAAUUAAAGAUUUGCAAAAAAAAAAACAGUGGACAGCGGGAUUUGACACUCGCUGCAGCUCUUGCCAUUAGUUCUGUUGAGAUUCGGUCGGUUUUGCUAAUACCUCAGUGCCUUAUAGCCAGUGUUUGCCAUUUGUUUACAGCUACUGCGCCUUGCUCAGCAUAUUUGGUCAUCCAUUAACCCACAUUUAUUGGCAGCUUACUUGCAUAAUUAAAGUCAAGGUCAACAGCAGCAGAAGUCACGACCCUUACCUUACCUUACGUUUGUGUGCGCGAGAAAAAGAUGCAACCCAGCAGCGCCUAGGCCAGCGUACUUGUACUUUUACCUUCUCCUUCCGUGAAUCUUUGACUGCUUAACGUUCAACAUGUGCUUCAAGUGCUGCGGUGAAACUCAGCGCAAAGCCUGGGUCUUUGGCCUGGGCUCGCUCUUCAUGCUGUUGGGCAUUCUAAUCGUGGUCUUUUGGCCCGGAUUGGCUGACAAUCUAGUGGAGGAUGGUCUCAAACUGAAGCCCGGCACCGACACCUACGACAGCUGGCUGGAGGCUCCGAUUCCCAUUUAUCUCAGCUUUAACAUGUUCAACUGGACGAAUCCCGAAGAGAUACGCAAUCCGAAUGUCAAGCCCAACUUUGUGGAGAUGGGCCCGUAUGUGUUCCUCGAGAAACACAAGAAGGAGAACUUCACCUUCUUCGAGAAUGCCACAGUGGCGUACUACGAGCGUCGCACUUGGUUCUUUGAUGCGGAAAAGUCGAAUGGCACGCUGGAUGAUAUGGUGACAGCUGCGCAUGCCAUCACCGCCACGGUGGCGGACGAGAUGCGGCACCAGAACAAGAUCGUGAAGAAAAUCAUCAACUUUAUGCUGAACCAUGAGGGCGGCGAGCUGUACACGACGAAGCCCGUGGGCGAGUGGAUCUUCGAUGGCUAUCAGGACAAUCUCACGGACUUCCUGAAUCUGUUCAACACAUCCGUGAUUGAUAUUCCUUACAAGCGCUUUGGCUGGCUGGCGGAUCGUAAUGAAUCGUUAACCUACGAUGGACUCUUCACCAUUCACACGGGCACCGACAACAUCGCCAAUGUGGGCAAGCUGACUCACUGGAAUGGCAAGGCGGAGACUGGCUUCUAUGACAUGCCCUGCGGCGUUGUGAACGGCACCACUGGGGAUCUAUUUGCGCCCAAGAUGAAUGUCAAGGAAGAGAUCACCAUCUUUGCCACCGAUGCGUGUCGCUUCAUGAACCUCAGGCCGGAGGGCACGCUCGAGAAUCACGGCCUGACUGCCACACGCUGGGUGGGCACUGAGGAGACUCUCGACUCUGGCGAGAAUUAUCCGAAUCAGGCCUGCUUCUGUGAUCCCCGUCUAGAGGAGUGCCCCAAGACGGGUGUGGUCGAGUGCAAGGCCUGUCGCGACAAGGCGCCUAUUUACUCCUCCUUUCCGCACUUUUACCUCGCGGACAAGCACUAUCUGGAUGCGAUUACCGGCAUGAAUCCGGAUAAGGCGAAGCACGAGUUCAUCAUGGCCAUAGAGCCCACCACGGGUGUGCCCGUUCAGGUGCAUGGACGCAUUCAGAUCAAUAUGAUGAUUGAGCCCGACAACGAUUACGACAUCUAUCGAGGAGUUCCCAAAGUGCUGAUGCCCAUGUUCUGGUUUGAUCAGUACGCAGAGCUCUCGCCGGAGUUGGCUUCCAAGGCUAAGUUGGCCAUAAAUCUAUCCUCCUAUGGCAUCAUCUUUGGCUAUUCCCUGGUGGGUCUUGCCAGUCUCUUCAUCAUCACAGGCGUCACACUGACGCUGACCAAGCGUUGGGUGCGCCGGGACGAGGACGAGGCUAUGCUGACCAACUGAGGAAAGCCCCAGGUCGUAGUUAUUAUUAAUAGUAGCCAAAGUGCCAAGGAGACAAAUUGUAACACUCCUAGUUCAUUCUGAUAGUCGCAUCGUUUGUUGUUACGCGUUAUAUAUGUUAUGUAACUGAUAAUCGCCGGCAGUCGCCUCAACAUUCGUCUUGCAUUUUGUGAUAGCAAAUCCUUAAACCUUAACCCCUUAACUCCUUAACUCUUAAUCUAUACCUUAACACCACACACCCCUCCACACAUAACAGAGAUUAUCUUCCACAACACUUAAAGAUUCCAUUGUGAAUUUUUUUCAUUUUUUAUUUCGCAAACAUAAUUUUUACAACUCUUUUGUUUAAAUCAAGGA